CUCGCCGGUUGUAAGGCCAUACAACCAAGAAGGUAAAGUAGGUACAUAAACGUGGGCUGAGUGCCUGAAAAAAAAAGGGGUGGGGGUAAAACACUUUUAUCCCACCACGAGACGAAACCAGUCGCACCGAGGAGUAGGGGAUUUGCCCGGUGAUCGCACACGUCCCGUGACCGUUGGGAAGAUGUUUCACGGGUGACCGUCGUUCCUCGCUUUAUUAGCGAUUCUAUGGCAUUUUAAAUUCACCUAAUGUGUUUAUUAUUUCCGUCACGUACCGUUGUAACGCGUUACUCAUGCGCAUAUCACCUUCAUCGGACACUAAUCAAUGAUUAUUGAUGAUCUAUGGAUCGAUAUUGCGGACAAAUGGAUCGACCAAAUAGUGAAAUCAACUGUGCGGUGAAAUUAAUGCAAUUGAAUUGAAUUUUUUACCCCGAGAAGUGAAGUUUUUUGUUAUUGUGAGCUUUUUUUGAGUUCUUUGAGUUUCAUCGAUUGGCCGAGGCAUUUCCGUUGCAGAAUUGAUUUUAAAACGGAGAAUGGCGGGCCUAAUCACCCACUAGUCCUACAUACCAUACUUCAGACAUCGCCGUACAAGGGAUUAUCACGAGAAUUUAUGAGUUUUGUGAGUUUGAGUUAUCGACAGAGAAAAACCUCGAGGACUUCAAUUAAUUUGCUCCUUUUUCGAGAGAUCAAGUGAUUUUUUCGCGGAUUUUUUUUUUCUCUCCCGCGUAAAAAUUCUCUGAGUGAAGUUCUCCUGUCGUGAUGUUAAGGGUUUUCCAGUGAUUCCGGGGGCUGGAGGGUUGUGAGUGAUUUUUCAAUUUCUUCGAGUUGCGGAAGUAUUUUGAUAUCGAGGCGUCGUCUCCUCCGGUUUUCUGUUUCUCAUCUCCGUUGGGUACGUUGGAAGCCCCAGCGGAAUGUGGCACGAGGCACAGCUCGACAACUGCAGAUGAGCCCGUGGGAAUUGACUCGUCACUUCAGCCCCAUUUCCCCACCGUCCUCCAUAAAACACCCCUGAACUUCCGGUCCGCCAUCGGCCUCAAACCGCCACCAACAAGAUUCACCAAGAAGCAAUAAAACUCACCAGCCCAAGAAUGUCCCACACACCCUAAUCCCAAUUACUCCAUUAAAAUCCAAAAUGAACGGCUCGAGAGAGACACCUUUUCCGCCCCCGAGUAACUGAACCAUUUUCCAUUUUCAACACAUCCUCAAAAAAAAAAAGACCCAACAAUUUCCCUACCGAAUAAUCCAUGCAAACCCCCUCCCCCCCACCCGAGUGAUGCUAAAGCACAUACCGACGGUUCAGCCGUCCUCGAAUGGCUCGCGAAAUCAGCAUCAUCAUCCCCACAACCACAGCAUUCACCUCCAUCACAACGACUACGGCAGCCAAACGAUAGCCGGAAAUCAUCAUCAUUUCACAACAGGUCAUCCAACUACGUCAACUCGACUUCCGCGUGUUUGUCACGAUCAGUCAGGAAUAUAUGACUCCCUCCACCCACUCCCAAAGACCCGCGAGCCCUCAGUUCAUCGCCAUCCCCUGACUCACAGCCAGUUGAGUGUCAACAAUCUCUCAAGAUUGAAUCACUCACAUGGUCUGAAUUUGUCAACCCUGUCGACCUCGAAGCACUCGAUCGACAGUGCAAGCCCAGUUGUUGGUAAUGAUAUUCAUCCAUCAACUAAUCACUCGAUUCAUCAUUAUCAUCAUCACCUUGGCCAUGGAGUCAUGGGUUCGCACCUGCAGGAUAGGCCACAGGUGAACGGUGGGUUGGAUAUUUCGAGGAUCUCCAGAUUACCCAGCCAAACGACACCCUCACCACCUGUUCCUGUUCAUCCACCUGUUGCUGUACAGCAAAUAGCUACUAUCUCGGGGACUAAUGGUGCUCAGGUUGUACCGGUGCUGGACAACUCAUGGAUGUCGUUCUGCCUGAAAGGAAAGGGGGGUCUUAAUAAUAAGAAUCCCGAGGACGGGGUCAAGGAGAUGCUCACAUUUCUCGGGCUACUGUGCCUGGUCUCGCUGCUACUGGCGAUGCUGUCCCACAUAUUCUUGCUGAAGAUGUCGCCGUUGAAGGUGACACCGAGUAGUCUUAUUAGUCCGGAGGAGUAUACGAUUGUUUAUGAGGUGACUUUGGCACUGUGUGCACUGGCCCUGUCGCUGAAUCUUUGCUGCUUGCUGGUCUGCGCGAUUCAGUUCCUCUUUGCUAUGAAGCUGGUGAAGAGCUCCUAUAAUCAGAGUCAUCGUACAAAUAUGUACCUGCAAAAAUCAUCACUAAGUAGGAUGUGCGCUGUCGGUGGAUUCUUCGUCAGCAUUCCAGUAUUCCUCACCGGUAUGAUACUCUACACAUUUAUUCAAUUUCACUCGACGCCAGCGAUAGUCAUGUCUGUUUUUAUUGGCCUUGGAAUUGUCUUCUGUGGCUGCGCUAUGGUACACAAUGUCUUUGUGUGGCAAAGAGAGAAGACAAAUGCCGUGAAAGCGCUUGCGCGGGCGCAAUGCGAAGCGGCAGCGCAGCUGCAGCGUCAACAGCAGAUGCAACAGGCCCAGCAACUGGCCACCAUCCCACGUGGCACAUCUACCAUCCCACGUGGCAACUGUACAACACCGAAACACAUUAAUUCAACCCUGCCCCAUCAUCCCCGAGGAAUGCACCCCCAAUCACAGGUGCACCAGCAGUCGCACGAUGUACUGAGGCACGCGCAGAUGUCACCGGCACUGUUGACCCUGUCAGCAAGUCCAGCCGCCCACAAUCACUCCAGCAUCGAUGUCCACAGGGUUCCAGCGAGUGCUCCAACUACGCCAACUGGUGAUAGAACUCCAACGAGUCCUGUUAACAAGUCAAUCAAUCGAUCACAGCAUCAGAUGCGCGAGGCCAGUGGCAGUGUCAGUCCUGGAAUGCCAACUGCCACUUUGGACCUCAGUAGUGCUGCUAAUACUAACAGUCCUCACGAGCUCUCUACUCUCGUUUAAUUCUGUGGAGAUCAAUUUGUUUUGGAAAGACUGGUUUUGAUUAUAGGAGAAAUGUUCUCUGAAAACACAAAUUCCCAUGAAAUAGUCCAAAUAGAUUUUGUAGAAAAAAAUUCACAAAAUGUCACCAGCGAAGGAAAUUUACAAUCUAGGUAUUUGAGAAGUUCAAUUAGUAUUCAUCAGAUUGUAUUAAAAUUCGGCAGUUUUCCUACCCAUUUUUAUAGAAAAUGACUAGAAAAUUGUUAUAAAAUUGAUUCUAUUCAUUUCUUUCUUUUAGUGGAUUCGGUUUCAACUUCCGUUGUUGCCUUGUCUCUCUGAGAUCGUUCGAUUUAAAAAAUCUUUUCUCUAACUCACUCCCUUUAGUUAUCAUUAUGAAAUUUUCAGCUGACCUGAAGUAUCAAGACUUACCAGCUGGUUUUAUGUCAGGCAAUUCUCAAAAGCUCUUUUUCUCGUUCUCUCUAAAAUAAUCGAAUUAUAGUUCUUCGAAACAAAACCGAAUCUCCUAAAAUAAAUGAACUACUGAAAUGAUAAUUAAUCAUUAUCGCAAAACCAAAGCUCUUAUCUAUUUUACGGCCCCCAGUGCAAAAUGCACUGGCAAAUAUAAAGAAAAAACCUCCCCAUAUACUUUAGGAUUACGAAACUGUUGCAUUUACGUCACUUCCGUAUUACUGUACAAUAAAUAAUGCUCCAUUCAAUUAAAAAAUUUGUACAUAAACAAAUAACGCGAUUUUAUUAUCUAGGUAAUUGUUUAUAACUUUGGAUUACUAUUAAUGUAUAUGGAGAAUAAUUGACCUAUUAUUCUACUGUUGAAGAAUCUCAAGAAAGUGCCUGAAACCUUUGGGAACAUUAUGUUUGUUGCCAUUAUUUUGCGAAUAUCUCCGAAGAUUUACUCAGGAGAUUUUUAACCUCUUGAAAUUUACAACAAGAGGUCUUAAGAUAUAAA